UGUCAACCGAAAUACACAACACGAAGAAGAAGAGUCAGGAAGUGGUGUUCAUCUGAAGCAGCAUCGAGGUGCUGGAUCAGCUAGAAGCUCAUCUUCACAGCUAGUUUCUGCAGGAGGAAGAGUGUUUUUAGGUUUUUUAAUAGGAAACAUUCCUCAGUGUUGAACUGUCGUAGCUCUUCGGGGGAAUAAAAUGGAGGGUCCUCUGCCCCUGUCCUCGCUGAGGCUCCUGGUUCCACCUCUGCGGGUGAUGACGGCGGUGAUGUGGAAGGUGGUUCGUCUGAGGAACAUCAUGCAUUAUGGGAAAGUGGAGGAGUUUGUGUCCUUGGUAACUGAAGCUGUCCCUGACAUCUUGACAGACAGACAGAUGAGACUGCUCACUCUGGGCUUAAGAGCAAAGAUGACGUUACAGAUGUUAAGUUCUGAAGAGUCAGAGGAUCUCAGAGGUGUUAAAACACGUUUGAACAGCCUCCUGCCAUCUAGCUCAAAACAGGUUCAUCCAGGAAAUGAAGCUCUUGAAGCCAACUUUGUCAGGCUUGUUCAAAGACUCCUGGAGGACCCAAAAGGGAGAGAGCACUUCCUCAAGAAUGUGUUUCCUGUGGAGUACGGGCCUGACUUUGAUACGGCUCUGGAGACACUGGUUUGUGAGUUCUUCACCAGACUGGAAGAGUUGCUGUUCAUACCAGACUUUAAGCAGACUGCAGUGUGGAUCAGGGAUACACCCUCUGUGUUAGAAGAGUACAUGCAGUGUGUAUCCAAAGCAGAUGACCUUAAAGUACUGCUCAGAAGUAAAGCCCACUGUGGUAAAAUACCAAUGAUGGAUACCAAUGUGCCCUCUCCCUCAGAGCAGCGGCUCUUAACAUCAUUAUCUCUCCCUCCUUCACUUAGAGAAACCAACACCAAAGAUGUAGAAUCUAACACACAAACAUUUCAAAACCAAAGAGAAUCUGAGGGGAUUUCUCCCCAGGACGCAGGAGAUAUAGGGGUUCAGGAUGCAAGAUGGCCAUCUGAGGAGGAAUCAAACAUUUUGGACAGCAGCAGUGCAGAACAAACAACAGGAGGGAAAUGCAGUGACAGCGUUCCUGAUGUUCACGUUGUGGAGGAGUAUGAUGACGGAGCUUCAGACACCUGCCGAGCUCCCUCUACAUCUACUGAGAGUCCUGUAUUGUCCAGCUCCAUAAUAGGCCCUCAACGGCAGAGAGUUGCACACAAAUGCAGUCAGUGUGGAAAGUGCUACAUUUACCGAUAUGAACUCCUGGAGCAUCAGAGGCUGCACACUGGAGAAAACCCUUACAAGUGCUCUCAGUGCGGAAAGGCCUUUAGGAGGAGCUCUGACAUGUCAUCUCACAGGCGGACACAGUGCACAAAAGCAGCUUAUGUUUGCAUAAAAUGCGGGAAUAGCUUUCAAUCAGUACAGGACAAAUUAAGACACCAGUGUGUUCAUAGUGUUGGUUUGAAGUUUGACUGUUCUCAGUGCGGAAAAAGCUUUAAGAAAAUGCACUUGCUGGGUAAGCAUGAGCUGACUCACACCCAAAACCGCAUCUUCACGUGCAGACAGUGUGGAAAAGUGUUCCCCAGUAUGACUGAGCUGAGAUCCCACCAGAAGAUUCAUCCUUCCGAGCUGUCCAAUCAGUGCAAGCAGUGUGGGAAAUUUUUCCGCUCUGCUGCCUGUUUGACAGCCCACGAGCUGCGUCACAGGCAACAGAGAACACAGAUCUGUGUUCAUUGUGCCAAAGCUUUCAAAAACAAACAUGACCUGAAUCUUCACAUGCGCAGUCACACAGGCGAGAGGCCGUUUCAGUGCACAUACUGUGGGAAACGUUUCUCUGUGUCAGGAAACCUGAACAUACACAUAAGGAUCCAUACUGGAGAGAAACCGUAUCUGUGCUCUGACUGCGGCAAAGGUUUUGUUUCAGCCGGCGAGCUGCAGAUACACAGACGCACGCACACAGGGGAAAGGCCAUAUAAGUGCACUGUAUGUGGGAGGGGAUUCACCAUGGCGAGCAAAGUGACACUUCAUAUGCGCGUUCACACCGGAGAGCGCCCUUACAUCUGUUCUGAAUGUGGGAAAGGUUUUUCACGUGGCAGCGAAUUGAAAAAACAUACCAUGAAGCAUACAGGGGUGCGACCCCAUGCUUGUCAGCUGUGUGCAAAGACUUACACAUGCCUCAAUCACCUGAAGAGACACUUGAAAACUCACAGCGUAGUGCAAAACCAGACUGUCUAAUUCCAUUAAUUACCAUUUUAGGAUAGAUAGGGAUCCACUGUGUAGUUAAUAAAAAAUAAUCACACAAACAU